GCAAUGAUCGACGGACUCGACAACACGCCAUGAAGCUCGUAUAUCUCCUGUCUGUCGUGGCCGCCCUGUGGCCUGCGACUGAGGCGGGGCCCGAGCUUUCCGUGCGUGACCACAACAAGGACAAGACGGCCUCCAAGCGCCCAACGAUCCGCGUCCCGCUCGAUCCCACGAGGCAGCACACACCGCUGGACCCGGCGCUCGCCCACCUGCGGCCGCCAGCGCCGCGGUUCCCGUCCGAGUACGACAUGUUCGUGGGUCUCUCGGCCUUUCGCGACGGUGCACGCUGCGGGUACACGAUCUUUACCGGGUUUUCCCGGGCGACGCGACCCGACAAGCUCUACUUUGGCGUCGUCGACCAGCUGCUCGAGGCUGACCUCUCGUGCAUUGACGCCUACUGCGCUCUCGCCGCCGAGGCGUGGCCGGAAUUGCCAUGCAAGUACCGCGACCAGAUCCGCAUCGACUCUCGUGACGCGGCCGAGUCACGCGGGCCGACGUACGCGCGUCACUUUCAGCAGGACCUGGUGCGCGACGAGGAGUUUUGCCUCCAGCUCGACGCCCACAGCGAGUUUACGACGCAGUGGGACACGCUCCUCGUGCAAGAGUGGCAGCGCACCGAGAACGAGAUGGCCGUCCUCACAACGUACCUCCACAACAUUGACUCGCACAUCUUGUCCGAUGGCACCAACCUCGGGGCCCGCACGGCGCCACACAUUUGCCAGACGACCCGCGGCGGCUCUGGGAACGUCCGCAACGUCGCCGCCGACCUCAUUUACGACUCGGAGCAGCCGCAGCUCGGCGCGCUCUGGGGCGCCGGCCUCUCGUUCAGCAAGUGCCACGCCGAGAAGCGCGUGCGAAUCGACUCGCACACCAAGUGGAUGUUUGACGGCGAAGAAUUCCUCCGCGCGUCGCACCUCUGGACGCACGGCUACGACUUGUACUCGCCGAGCACCCGCGGUCUCGUGGUGUACCACAACUACACGGCCGUCCCUGCCAAGUUUUUUGAGCUGCGCGUCGACAUGUCGACCAAGCACUUGGAGACCGCGCGCGCCAACAACCGCGUCAAGUUCCUCGUUGGCGUCCCGUUUGUCGGUGAAAUCGACGCCGAAGAACUCGACGUCUAUGGCUGGGGCACGGUCCGGUCGUUCGCUGCGUACCUCAACUACUCCGGGCUCGUCUUUGAGCCCAACGUGUCGGACAAGCAGUCGUGCAAGCAGCUGCACUGGGUGCCGUACGAGGAUGCGUCGCCGAUUGAAGCGCUCCUCCCAGGGUGGGCACCGGCGACACUGGCGCCGCCGACCGCCGCCGUGCGCAAGCCAGCGUCCAUGCGUCGUCAAAACGGCGUGUUGCCAUCGGUGGCGACGCGACAGAACGCGACUGAAAGCUCGGCGCUGCCAGCGCUCGGCUUUCUCGCAUUUGUCCUCGCGGCCUUUGUUGGUCUCGUUGCGUGGCCCCGAACGCACCAGCUAAAGGCACAGUAA